CUUGUGUAAUCGUCGCGACCGCAAAUUCGCGAAAUAAGUUUAUUUUGAAUUUCUGAAAAUAAUACGAAACGACGAUAGGUGUAUUCUAUUUCUAGUGAUAAACGAACGCGCCGAAAGCUCAACUCGAAACGAAAAUAAGAAAUCUAGUCAUUUUUUUACUUUUUUUUAUUAUUUACUAAAAUGAAAUAAUUAGGGACAGUGCUAUAUUUUAAGUGAUAAAUAAUUUAGCUGUACUUAUUUAGUGUGUAGGUUGUUAAAGUGAUAAAAUGCAGAUACUUAAAGCACGCUUCGCCUUAAGGGCGUCGGCAUCACAAUUCCAAGCAUGGAGUGCGGCUAAGCAUCGUACGGCAACCACUGACUCAAAGUCAGUGGAGUACAAACCAAUUAGGAGCGUAUUAGUAGCUAAUAGAGGUGAAAUCGCCAUCAGAGUGUUCCGAGCAUGUACCGAACUCGGGAUCCGGUCGGUGGCGAUAUACAGCGAACAAGACAAAUUGCAGAUGCACAGACAAAAAGCUGACGAGUCUUAUUUAGUUGGCAAAGGUCUGCCUCCAGUGGAAGCGUACCUCAGCAUUCCAGAGAUCAUCAGGGUCGCGAAGGAGAAUGACGUUGAUGCAGUCCACCCUGGAUAUGGACUGCUGUCUGAGAGGUCAGACUUCGCGCAGGCGAUCAUCAACGCAGGGCUCCGUUUCAUCGGGCCCUCGCCGGCCGUGGUGCAACAGAUGGGGGACAAGGUCGCCGCUAGAAAGGCUGCCAUCGAAGCCAAGGUCCCUAUCGUGCCUGGUACUGAUGGUCCCGUGACUACCAAAGAGGAGGCUCUCGAAUUCUGCAAGCAACAUGGACUACCGGUCAUAUUUAAGGCUGCCUACGGCGGUGGCGGUCGCGGUAUGCGUGUGGUCCGAGAAAUGAGCGAGGUGGCUUCAAACUUCGAGCGAGCUUCAUCCGAGGCGUUAGGUGCCUUCGGAAACGGGUCCAUGUUCAUUGGGAGGUUCAUCGAACGACUCAGGCAUAUUGAAGUUCAGUUGUUGGGUGACAAAGCUGGCAACGUGGUCCAUUUGUACGAGCGAGACUGUUCGGUGCAGAGGCGGCACCAAAAGGUCGUUGAGAUUGCGCCCGCGCCGCAUCUAGACCCUGAAACUCGCCAAAAAAUGGUAGACUGCGCGACACAUUUGGCACGCCACGUGGGAUACGAGAACGCUGGUACUGUGGAGUUCUUGCUCGAUGACAAAGGGAACUUCUACUUCAUUGAAGUUAACGCUAGGUUACAAGUAGAACACACAAUCACAGAAGAAGUGACCGGCAUAGAUUUGGUACAGUCUCAAAUCCGGGUGGCCGAAGGCAUGACGCUCCCUGAAAUGGGGCUGACACAGGACAAGAUCAACGCCCAGGGCUUCGCCAUCCAGUGCCGAGUCACUACUGAAGAUCCUGGGAACAACUUCCAGCCUAGCACGGGAAGGAUUGAAGUGUUCAGAUCUGGCGAGGGCAUGGGCAUUCGUCUGGACUCGGCUUCAACUUAUGCUGGAGCUGUCAUUUCGCCUUACUACGACUCUCUGCUCGUCAAAGUGAUCUCACACGCCCAAGACCUACCCGCGUCUGCGGCAAAAAUGAACCGCGCGCUCCGCGAGUUCAGGAUCCGAGGUGUCAAGACCAACAUUCCCUUCCUUCUCAACGUGUUAGAGAACCAAAAGUUCUUGAAUGGUUCCGUCGACACCUACUUCAUCGACGAGCAUCCGCAACUGUUCAUGUUCAAGCCAUCUCAGAACAGAGCGCAGAAGAUCCUCAACUAUCUUGGCCAGGUUUUGGUGAAUGGACCCGCCACACCUUUGGCUACAAACAUUCCGCCUUCUGACGUCAAACCUUACAUCCCACCUGUGCCUUUGGACCUUUCUCCUGAGGCCAUUAAAAGGCAGGAACUAACGGGCGAGAACACAGCUGUCCAGCCUCCUAAAGGCUACAAGCAGAUCCUCAAGGAAGGCGGCCCUGAAGCCUUCGCGAAGGCAGUCCGCCAACACAAGGGUCUGCUCCUCAUGGAUACCACAUACAGAGACGCUCACCAGUCUCUACUCGCGACCCGCGUGAGGAGUCACGACCUGCUCGCCGUGUCGCCUUACGUCGCGCACAACUUCAGCAACUUAUACUCGCUGGAGAACUGGGGCGGGGCUACCUUCGACGUCGCCCUCCGGUUCCUGCACGAGUGCCCGUGGGAGCGGCUGCGCGACAUGCGGCAGAUGAUCCCCAACAUCCCCUUCCAGAUGUUACUGCGAGGCGCCAACGCGGUCGGGUACACUAACUACCCUGACAACGCGGUCUACAAGUUCUGUGAUAUGGCUGUCCAAUGCGGUAUGGACAUCUUCCGUGUCUUCGAUUCUCUAAACUACCUUCCCAACUUGAUCCUCGGUAUGGACGCGGCAGGCAAAGCAGGAGGCGUGGUCGAGGCUGCUAUCUCCUACACUGGCGACGUGUCUGACCCUCAGAAGACCAAAUACGACCUGAAGUAUUACCUGAAUUUAGCCGAUGAGCUGGUUAAAGCGGGCACGCACGUGCUAGCUAUUAAGGAUAUGGCUGGUCUGCUGAAGCCACGUGCCGCGUCGCUCCUCAUCAAAGCGAUCCGCGACAAGCACCCCGACGUGCCUAUCCACGUUCACACUCACGAUACAUCAGGCGCUGGUGUAGCUUCCAUGCUAGCGUGUGCCGAAGCUGGAGCAGACGUGGUUGACGUGGCUGUGGAUUCCAUGUCUGGCAUGACUAGUCAACCUAGUAUGGGCGCGGUGGUCGCUUCACUACACGCUACGGAGUUGGAUACCAAGAUCCCCCUACAAAAAGUAUCAGAAUACUCAGCGUACUGGGAGCAGGCGCGCACACUGUACGGGCCCUUCGAAUGCACAGCCACCAUGAAGUCCGGCAACGCUGAUGUUUACCUCAACGAGAUACCUGGAGGACAGUACACUAACCUGCAGUUCCAAGCAUUCUCUCUGGGUCUGGGCAGCCAGUUUGAAGAGGUCAAGAAGGCUUAUAGAGAAGCCAACCUGCUCCUCGGAGACAUCAUCAAGGUCACACCCUCAUCCAAGGUGGUCGGAGACUUCGCCCAGUUCAUGGUUCAGAACAAACUCACCGCCAAGGAGAUCGAGGAGAAGGCAGAGGAACUGUCCUUCCCCAAGUCUGUGGUGGAAUACUUGCAGGGAGCCAUCGGUAUACCGCACGGUGGAUUCCCUGAGCCGCUAAGGUCUAAGGUUCUCAAGGACAUGCCAAGGAUAGAAGGCCGUCCUGGAGCGGAAUUACCGCCUUUGGACUUCGACAAACUGAAGGCCGACCUCAGGGAAACCUACCCCGAUGUAACAGACGAGGAUGUGAUGUCAGCAGCCAUGUAUCCGCAAGUCGCGAACGAUUUCUUCCGCAUUCGCGACAAAUACGGCCCCGUCAAGCAUCUGGACACCAAGACCUUCCUUGUUGGUCCCACGGUCGGCGAGACGAUAGAAGUAAAGAUCGAGCGCGGAAAGACGCUGGACAUCAAAACACUGGCCGUCUCCGAUGAGAUGACGGCGGCUGGCGAAAGAGAGGUGUUCUUCGAACUCAAUGGACAACUGCGAUCUGUGUUCAUUAGAGACGAGAACGCUAGCAAGGUAAGCUAAAUAGAUGAGACUUUA